AUGUCACAAAUAAUUUAUAUGAACAAGGAAAAAACUAAGGGAAAGUACGUUUAUCCAAAUGGAAACGUAUAUAUAGGAGAUUUUAAAAAUGAAAAGUUCCAUGGGCAGGGAACUUUAAUUUUUAAGGAAAAAGGGAAAUAUAAGGGAACUUGGGAAAACGGGAAAGAGGUUACUGGUCAGUAUUACUUUAGUGAUGGGUUACAAUAUGCAGAUAAAUGGAAAUAUUUAAUUGAUAGUCCAUAUUUUCACAACGAACAAAUUAACAGCAACGAAGUUAUUUACAUGGAGAAAAAAAGAAAUGCCUACUUAGACAAUAUUUACGAUAUAGGAGAUGGUUACUGCAAAAUGGAUGACAAUUUCGUCUACGCUUUCGUCGAUAACAAAGAAAUAAGAAAAGUAAAUGAAAGAGAAAAAAACUGGAUAAAGAACCACUGUGCCAAAUAUUAA